AUGUGUCAAACUGUGUUUUUAGGUAUUGAUUCAGGAACCAAAAUCUAUCUAUCGCAAAUAAUUUAUCUUUCAAUUUGUUUGUCUAUCAUUGUGAAUUUGUGCGAUUUGGUUCUAUUUCUUGUGCGUGUUUAUCUAUCUAUCUAUCUAUCUAUCUAUCUAUCUAUCUAUCUAUCUAUCUAUCACCCAAUUAUCUAUCUAUCUAUCUAUCUAUCAAUUUCUGUGUCUAUCAUUAUUUGUGAAUCUGUGCAACUAGCGUGGGUAUGUUCCGUGCGCCUUUUUAUCUAUCUAUCUAUCUAUCUAUCUAUCUAUCUAUCUAUCUAUCUAUCUAUCUAUCUACUCAUUUGCAUGACACUUACGUUGAUAAGUCGUAAAAAACAACAAUUAAUCAAAUCUGUAAUUUUGUUCGUAUCUAUCUAUCUAUCUAUCUAUUAUUUUUUCGUAUCUCUCUCUCUCUCUAUCAUUUUUUCGUAUCUCUCUCUAUCUAUCUAUCUAUCUAUCUGA